AUGAAAGGUAAGUAUGCUAUUGCUGGCAUUAAUAAGGAUGGAUGGAUGGUGCUUCGAGAUGAGAAGAACAACGAAGAUGUCUUCCUUUUAAAUGUCUACUCGCUUGAUACAAUGCAACUUCCAAAGCUGGAAUUAGUGACACAUUAUGCUUACCUUUCUUCUACUCCUGAUGAUUCCGAUUGCUAUAUUGUGAUGGUUAAUAUAGGCAUUGAAUGUUGUAGUAUUAGUGCUUGUAAGAUGGGUGACAAAAAAUUUGUAACGCAACAGUUAGAUUUGCAGACCGCAAUAGCGUCAUUGAUAAGUUUUGGUGGAAAUAUGUAUGCUCUGAGGCAUCACAAUUUCACAUUGGUACAUGUUGAGCUUAGAGGACAAAGUAUUGAGUUUGAAGAAUUAGUAAGUGAUGACCCAUUUGAAGAUAAAUCAAUUGGAAAACAAAAUAGUUUUUCCCGUAUAAUGUGUUAUAUUGGAGAAAGUUGUGACGGUAUCAUUCUAGUGGUUAAAUAUUUUUUUGGAGUGAGCGACAGGUAUAUUCCUUUUGAAAAUAUAAGAGUUUUUAGAGCAGAUUUAUCUACAAAAAAGUGGGUCGAAAUGGAAACUAUAGGAGAGCAUACAAUUUUCCUUGGAAGCAUCGGAAAUCUAAUUUGCAUUCGUAGUGAUAAUGUCAAUGUGAAAAAGAAUUGCAUAUAUUUCACUGAAAGAAAGGAUAGAAAGCUUUAUGUAUUUGAUAUGGAGGACAAAAGUAUUACUGUCAAUCUUCCUUGUCCUAAUGUUACAAUACGUUCACAUCCACUGUGGAUAUUGUAA